AUGAGUGAACAGAAAACAAGCACUUUCCAUGCACCACCGCCAUUAGGUUCAGUUGCAAAUACACUGAACAAUCCACAUAACCAGAAAAUGGAUUCGAUCGACUACACUGCUGAUGAAAGUAUGAUUGCUGACUUCAUGGCUGUUCUACCACAACUUGAUCCGAACGAUUCAUCAACGCCAAUUACACCCCCGACACUGAAACUCAAAGGACAACUGAAUGAAUCAUCAAAGAUUCUGGGAAAAUUCGAUGCAUUUGCUGCUGCCGUUCAACAACAACAACAACAGCAGCUGCAACAAAAUGGUAUUUCUCUUGCUUCGGCUUUUGUGAAAAAAGUUCAACAACAAUUACUACCUGCAACAACUGUCGAUUCGUCAUCAUUACCAUCCUCACCUUCGUCAUUAGUACAGCCUGUAACGAAUCAAGCCGAUUAUUCGAAUAAUAAGAGAAAACGUAAAGUUGAACGACCUGCCCAAAAGCGUAUUCGCGGUUCGUACAAACUUGUUUCACCUGAACAGAAAGUAAUGAUACACGAAUACGCCGAAAAGCAUGGUGUUAAAGCAGCAUCAAAGUUAUUUCAAGUCGCACCAUCAACAAUCGCCUCGUGGUUAUAUCAAAAACCCAACGGUGAACGAACAUCAGCUAUACGAAAUAAGGAAGCGCACUCGCGUAUACUCGAAUGGAUUCAAGCACGACAAGAGAAUGGCGAACGUGUGAACAACCGCGACUUUCAUAUGUUCGCAUUAGAAACCAUGAGAGAACUGACUGGCAAUCCUGAGUUCGCCGCAUCACGAUCAUGGUGUUCGAAUUUCCUGAAAAAAUACAACAUUCAAUUGGAUAGCGAUAAACAAGCCGAUUCCACCUCGGCACAAUUUCGGUUUGAUUCAAUUGAUGAAAAUGCUAGUGAAAGUUCUCAAUGUUAUACAGGAGGUGGUAGUCAGAUCGAUGAAGCCUCGGACGAUGACGAUAAUGGUCCAAGUCUUCACAUUUUCAACGAUGAUGAUAACCAGGAGAGUCCCCCGCGAUUAUCCACAAGUGAUUACAACAAUAACCAACGAACGAAUUCGAAUCAUCGUCUGUCUCCAUCAUCGCAAUUGAAGAGUAUCAAUGGACUCGAUGAUGUUUCAACAACAACAUCAACAACAAAUAUGACAAAAGGUGAACAAGAUAAUGAUUUUCAUAGUUCUUCACCAACGUCAUCAUCGAAUAAAACUUCUCUGGGAACGGCCUUACCUGCAUCAUCAUCGAUGGCUAGUAAGCGUCUUACUGGUACACUUAAUCGAUUGUUGCAGUCGGCUAUUAAUCGACCAAAUGGACAUAAUUAUCACCAACAUGUUAAUGGAAUAUCAUCAUCACCAUCCGCGUCAUCAUCAUCUAUUGUUGAUUCAGCAGGAAAAGAACCGAAAGUCAGUUUGGAAAUGAACACACAAGCUAUCGAAACAUUCGUUCAACAUUUUGAUAGCUCAUUCAAUACCAUGACUUAUUUCCAAGAAAAACUUCAACAAUUACUCGUUUCUAUUGCGCAAGAACGAGAUAAUUAUCGAACACUUUAUCUCAAAGAACAUGACCGUCGCUUGGCGGCCGAGUUACGUUUAAAAGACAAUAGCAAUACAAUACACUAG